GGAGACCGUGGCGGCGGCCGAGCGCGGCUCCAUGUUUUCCCCCGGCCCGGAGGAGCCCUGCGCCCCCAAUAAGGAGGCGGUGAAAUACGGGGAGCUGGUGGUCCUGGGGUACAAUGGUGCUUUACCUAACGGAGACCGAGGGCGCAGGAAGAGCAGGUUCGCCCUGUACAAGCGGCCCAAGGCGAACGGCGUCAAGCCCAGCACGGUGCACGUGAUCUCCACACCGCAGGCGUCCAAGGUGAGAGAGCCCCGACCACCACAUAGAGGAGACUGCGACAGAGAAGCAGAGGAUGUUAGAAAAACACGUGACAGAGAAGCAGAGGAUGUUAGAAAAACAUGCGACAGAGAAGCAGAGGAUGUUAGAACAACAAACAGAUUUGAAAUGCAACAAAAUAUUCUACUUGAAAAGCUAUUGAGUUUCCCAGAACAUCACACGGAGAUACAGGCUAUCAGCUGCAAAAGCCAGCACAGCAUAUCCUACACCUUGUCAAGGAGUCAGACUGUGGUGGUCGAGUACACACAUGACAAAGAUACGGACAUGUUCCAGGUGGGCAGAUCCACGGAGAGCCCCAUCGACUUCGUGGUCACCGACACCAUCUCCGGCAGUCAGGGCGCCGAGGAGGCCCAGAUCACCCAGAGCACUAUCUCCAGGUUCGCCUGCAGGAUCGUGUGCGACAGGAACGAACCCUACACCGCACGGAUAUUUGCGGCCGGGUUCGACUCCUCCAGAAACAUAUUCCUUGGGGAAAAGGCCGCGAAGUGGAAGAACCCCGACGGCCAGAUGGAUGGGCUCACCACCAACGGCGUGCUGGUGAUGCAUCCGCGGGGCGGCUUCACCGAGGAGUCGCAGCCCGGGGCCUGGCGCGAGAUCUCCGUCUGUGGGGACGUGUACACCUUGCGGGAAACCAGGUCGGCCCAGCAGCGGGGCAAGCUGGUGGAGAACGAGAGCAACGUGCUGCAGGACGGCUCGCUCAUCGACCUGUGCGGGGCCACGCUGCUCUGGAGGACGGCCGACGGCCUCUUCCACACGCCCACGCAGAAGCACAUCGAGGCGCUGCGCCAGGAGAUCAACGCCGCGCGGCCGCAGUGCCCCGUGGGGCUCAACACGCUCGCCUUCCCCAGCAUCAGCCGCAAGGAGGUGGUGGAGGAGAAGCAGCCCUGGGCCUACCUGAGCUGCGGCCACGUGCACGGCUACCACGACUGGGGCCACCGCAGCGACGCGGAGGCCAACGAGCGCGAGUGCCCCAUGUGCAGGACUGUGGGCCCCUACGUGCCCCUGUGGCUCGGCUGCGAGGCGGGCUUCUACGUGGACGCGGGGCCGCCCACGCACGCCUUCACGCCCUGCGGACACGUGUGCUCCGAGAAGUCGGCCAAGUACUGGUCCCAGAUCCCGCUGCCCCACGGCACGCACGCCUUUCACGCCGCCUGCCCGUUCUGCGCCACGCAGCUGGUCGGGGAGCAGAACUGCAUCAAACUCAUCUUCCAGGGCCCGAUCGACUAGCGCCCGCGCCCGCGCCCCUCGACUUCUGUUAACAAGUUACUGUGAAGAUCCCGCCCCUGGCCCUCAAGUGGACCUUUUCCUAAGGCUGUGGAUGAGAGGAGGGCGCGGGCGGGGCAGGGACCGGGCAGGGGUCCCAGCCCCCGCGGGCUCUGCCUGGAUCCAAGCAUAACAUCUUUCUUAAGAACUGCAUUGCCGAUGCCACGCUUUGGUUUGUAACCUUGGGCUUUUUUUAAACCAAGUGUUUUUGUUGUUGUUGUUUCUUCCUUUUUAAACUUGGACAAGUCCUGUUUUACACCUGUAGAAGACAUGCAUUGGCCGGUUAUUGGCGCUCAGUGGGCACCCGAGGGGGCCGCCCCUGGGCAGCCUCUAUGGUGGUGGGAACCCCACCGGAGGCCGAAGGGGGCUCCCUCUGUGUGGGGGGGAGCAGAGGGCCUUAGGCACAAGUCGGGGGAGGGUCCCAGAAUCUGGGGCUUCUCUUCUGACUUAUUUUUCUUAAUUUUGGGGGAGACAAUAUUCACCUAAUUUUGCUUUUACUUCAGUGGAAUUUAUAUACUCAUUCAUCAAAUAACUUGGCAUUUCAAAGAAUUUCCCGCAAGUUUUCCGUCAGCUUUUUGUUACUCGUGCGCAUCGUUCUUGGUCCAUGAUACCCAUCUCGCUUAGCCAGAACGGUUUGGUGGACUAAACCGCAGCAGUUCUCGAAGCUUCCAUAACAGAGGGUGCUUCCUACAGCAGGAGGCGUGGCCUCUGCACUGUGAUACCAACCUCCUUUGCUUGCUGAACUGUGUAAGAUACAAGAGUGGUUAAAAAUAAGCUGCUGCUUUUUGAAGCCACUUGUUGGAUCAUAAGAAAGCCAAGAAUCCCUGAGCCUCAAAGCAACAAAUCAGAGCGAAAAUCAUUUCUAUUCACUUAGUUCCCACCAUCUGUCACCUUCCCCUGCUGCCUAAGGAGCUCUGGAAGUUUUGAAAAUGUUUGCAAAUCAGACUAAAUUUAUAUGUGAUCAUUAGAUACACACACACACCAAGUGGUACAUCUGCAGAGGUAAUUUGAAAUUCUUGAUUUUGGGAGAGUGAGCGAGUGUUUACUGAAGAAUAAUUAAACCAGAAUUUCACGUGCACCGGCAUCCCUCUCCGUUAGCUUCGUUCGUUUUGAUUAAUAAUUCUUGGAUGCUCAUUUCUCUGUUCUCGGUACCACCAGCAUCACCACACCCAGACAGUAGAGAUCCUUGAAGACGUGGACUGCUAGGGGCUGGCUGAGAUAAAAUAGGUCCCUGCCACCUGGGGCUAGUCUCUAUUUAAGCUAACAUCCUCUUACACUGACCACUGCAGAGUUGAGCUACCUUUUUUAAUGUUUGUAUAUAGACAUAUGUAAUUUAUAUGACUCUAAUAUACUGUUAUAUCCUUACUUGAAUUGGUUCUUCCACAUUUUGCCUACUGGCAAAUAUUUUGCCUCUGUUCAGUCAUUCUGAUCUAUUGACUGCCCUUUUCCUUAAAAGUGAUGACAGAUUCCUCGUGACCGCUGCUGCUUAAUUGGACUUCAUAUUUUCAAAGUUCAGCCUCUCCGUUUUAAAAAAUAGCUUUAUUUACAAUGGAGAGCAUUGUGUAGGAUGAGGCGUUUUUGGCUUUGGGUUUUGUUUUUGUCCUUUUUUUUUUUUUUUAACAAUGCAAAAAUCCAACAACAGUCCUCUUCCUGGUGGCUUCCUCUGCUCUGUGCAGCCUCCACUUCCUGUGCCCAGAAAAUGAGAGGCGGAAACAUGGAAUAACCUAGAAUAAUACAGUGAAUGCCUUCUGACGUAGCCAGAGUCGCCUGUGAUUCACUUUGCCCGAGACAGAGUGUCUGUUUAGCCUGUGAUUCUUUGGGCUCCAAAGGAUAAUAAAGGAGGCAGCUUGUUCCCUUUGCUUGUGGCUAGGAGCUGAUUGGAGGAUUCUUGACACCCUAAAAAUCAUCUUGUAAGAUAAAUGGCCUCACAUCAAGAAAAGCCAGAUUUUUACCUACCAAAAAAAAAAAAAAAAAAAAGAAUAUUUUUUUCCAGAAAGUUAUGCUCCAAUGUCAUGAUUUACCAUUGCAGGGGCCAUGUCUAGUAGUUGGGCCUGAGACAUGCACCCCAAAAUAAAGUGAUCUUUCCGCUUGAAAAGUCUCUGACUUUCAUAAGCGCAGAGAGUUUAAGUGUAAGUUGAACUCUGGGUAAUGACUCUCAAGCGGUGACAGCAAAGCCACCCUCUGUGGGAUCCACAUCUCUCCCGUUGGGUCCCAGGUGAGGCCUCCUCUCCCCCUGCCCAGGGGACCACAGAGAGGUGCCUGGUCUGCCCCAAGGAAACCAUGCUCAGCGUGGCCCCCUUCAAUGUGGUUCCCUUAAAAUGUGGACGAAGGAGAUUUUGUUUUUCAGGGUUGAAACACCUCUGUGUGUGGGAAUGAAGAACUCUAGCUCAGCAGAGUGGAAUAAUACAGUUCAGAAAAGGCCACUUUUGUGUCGCAGUGUUGCUUGCUGUCACGUUACAAGGCAGGUCUCAGGCCCCUUGUGGACACGGAAGGAAAUUGCUGCCCACUUAUCCUGGCUAAGAUGCCUUUGUGAGUAAGUUUCCGGGAGAGAAUCCCAAGUGAUGUAUUCCCAUAGGUGAUGUUCUUUUUUUUUUUUUCUUCAGUUGUUUAUGUCAAUUUACUACAAAAACAAAGCAAACAAAAAAAAAACCACAAUGAUUCAGAGUUAACUGGUUAUAACUCUGAGUAUUUUUCUAAUCCAAAAUUUUUUUAUUAUUACUAAUCGGUGCUGUCGGGUCAUGUAUGCUGUAACUCUCAACAUUUCUCUUAUUUGGCUAAACUGUUUGCAAAAAGGGCUACAGUUCACACUGCAGAAUAAGUACUUAGCUUUCUGGGUUCCCCCUCAACUGUGGCCCAAAAGAAUUGAAAUCUUUUAAUAUAAAUAGAAAGCAUAUUUAUCAUUCCUCGAUAGUUAAUUAUAGAGUUUGGUACCUCUGUGCCUCAGGGAAGCCUCGUGGUAUGACUGGUUAUAGAAUUUCAGGGUUAGGGUUUAAAGAAAGGAGAAAGCCAUUGGAAAAACGAUGGGCUCCAUUCAGGAGACUAAUGAAUCCGGAUGCAGAAAUAUGCCAGGGCCUGGCGUAAACAUGAUUGUAGUAGAAUUUAUUUUCCAGUACCAGUAGGGCAAUCAUUCUUCUAAGUUAUUACUUGUACCGUAGUUGGAAAGGUGAGGGCAACUCUUGUCUUCAUAAAGCUCCAAUGCCUUUUACUUUUGCAUACAUAGAAAAACUCAAACCUCUGUUCUUGGGGAGCUUGGUGGUGGUGUUUGGGCACUUUUGAGAGUGUAAGGAGAACAUUUUUUUUUUUUUUACUUAUGUGUAAUCGAGGUUUGGAGUUGUGACCCCAGUUCUGUGUGGUUCUGCUCACUUUGUUUUCUCUUUUGAAGCCAUUCUCUCUCUGAGAGUGUGUGGCCACACCAUCGCCAGUGCUGGGUAAGACAGGAGGGCUACGUGCAGUCUCGCCCCACAGCAGUGGAAUCUCUGAGAGACAAACCACGGGACCUUUAAGCCACAUCCUGUCCUGUUCCCGUGGCUGUGCCGCCUCUGCCGGCUCCGAGCGUGCAGCUCUUCCGGUGCUGGAAAUAAAGCACAGCUCUGUGACCAUUUCUCUGUGCCCCGGAGUCCCAGGGAACAGCAUCAGGAACUUUUGAAAAGAAUGUAAACAGGAUUGAAGCAGUGACACACAAGGCGGCUCAGUAUUUUCCUUUUAGUGAGACGUACAUCCUCACAGAUACGUUUUUACCCUCAUGAAGAAUCCCUAGAGAAAGAUGGGGAAGAACUAUUUUUCCAGGUCUACUUCGUUGUUUCUAAACAUGUUUCUAAACAAAACUGAACAAAAGGGAAGUCACUUCUUCCCAGCUGAGAUGACAGAUUGCUUCUCUGUAUUAAACAGUCCGGACAUUAAGGGGGUGGUCAUAUUUACCACGUAUAGUGUUAUGAGCAGUUAAAUUUUAUGGAUAUAUUUGUAAAAUCGUUCUUUUAUAUUUCAUGUCAAAUUGAAAAGUUUUUAUUUCUUCACUAUUGUACCUGUGGAAAUACAAGCCAUUUUACAGGAAAAAUCUUCAGAAACUAUUAAAUGGAUCUCCGUA